AUGAGUACUAAGCCCAAGAGAUUCGUCUGCCCCAAUGAUGCGUGCCAGAAAGGCUUCACACGCGCGGACCAUCUUCGGCGUCAUAUGUUGAAUCAUGGCGAUGGCGACUACACCUGCCCGCGAUGCCGUUUGCACUUCAAGAGACCCGACCUCCUGGACCGACACGUGGCGCGACAUCGCCAGAAGGACGAAGAGGCUGGGGGUGAAGGGCUCGGCAUUGUCGAGAGUCGAAAGAGGCUUUGGCGUGAUGCUAACGGGAAUAUCGUGCGAGAGCGGCCGUCCCACAGCUAUUUGCGCAGACAGUGGUUGAGGAUGCAAUCCCUCGACUUCGCCCAGCAAAGUGCACAGAUGCCCAUGUUCAUGAGCUGCCUGAAUUCCCCAAGAUCGAUCGAUGCUGAGAGGGCCUCUCCCUCGAGGUCCAAGUCCGGAGUCGACUCGGCUAUUUCCCAAAGUCUGGAGGCUGAAGCAUUCCCUCAAAAUCAAGGCUUGAUCGAAACCGCACUAGGAUUUGACAUGUUCGAAUUUAUGGCUCGGUCAUCCUGGGACUUCCCAGCAGAUGAUCUGGAGAUGCAAGUCGAUGCUCCUCUUGAUGAAGGCCCGAGCCAAAACACUACGACAACCUCUUACCAUGAACCAUUCGCGCCGGUGACCAGUCUCGACUGGUUCAUCGAUCCAAAUGCCACCAUGAUGCCCAAUCCCGAACAAUCAGAGUUUGGGAAUUUCUCAGUCACCGCGAAUCUCAACCCACCACCAGGUCAACAGAACAUGUCCCACGAAAGGACGAAUCCUUCAUCAGGUGAAUUAUUCAGCAUGCCACCCAAUACAGGAAGCGAAUCAAUGUUGGUACAAUCGCAGCACGGUCAACCGCUGCGACGAAACUCGACAGAUGCAGUGGAGAACCAGGGCAAGACUUCGGCCACCCUCGGAAUCGAUACAAGUACUAUGAGGGCGCCGGCUCCAUCUGAACUUGUUCCAACCCUAGAUUCGUUCUGGGAGACCGGGUCUUCGAUAUCUGCUUUGACAAGUCCAGGGUCUACGAGGGACAAGGAGCAAGAACGAUCGGAGCAGAUCCCACGAUCUCAAAGAGACAGCUCAUACUCUGUGUCAAGCCCGGGUAGUCUUCCCAGUCGCCCGGACACGCAUACGCCUCCGCUGGAUGACGGCUCGCACCAAAGGAUACUGUGCUUGUUGCACCGUGCCGAAACCAGGUCAACUGAUGAGAGCGCCGACACCAGAAGAUACCAGUCACUCUUGUCCCACGCUGCCAUGCAAAACUACCUCGAACUAUUCUUUUCAUGUUUCAAUGCUUCUUAUCCACUCCUGCAUCUGGCCACUUUCGACCCAUCUCGGACGGAAACUCUCCUUCUGGCCGCCGUGGUUUUGCUGGGUGCUACUUUCAGCGACAAUAGUAUUGAGACCUUUGCCGACCGCAUGUACGAUGCUUUGAGGGCCGAAGUGUUCCAUCGGGUGGCGUUUUCCGUGACACCAGAGCUUUGGAUGAUCCAAACAGUAUUCUUGCUUGAAUGCAUCGGACAAAGACAACAUGACACGGCGUUUGUAUUUCAUGGUCUCCUUGUCAAUCUAAUCAGACGAAGCGAAUGCCUGACUGUGCAACAACCAAGAGUGAUUGAUAAACCCGAGCUUCUUGAGUCUAACUGGCGCCGGGCGAUUGGUGUCGAGCUCCAAAAGAGGGUUGCUUUCCUUUGCCUCUUUUGGGACACUCAGAACGCCGCCCUCUUUUCCCAACCGCUGUCACUGUCCACCUUCGAAAUCCGCACCGCCCUGCCCUGCAGCCGCUCGGCCUGGGAGGCGACGUCUGCCGAAGAGUGGUGGAAGUACGCAAGCGAGGAGUCUUUACUCCCCUUCCAAUCGGUCCUGACAGCGUAUCUGGAUCUUGAAUCGGGAUUGAAGAUCCCUGACCUUGAUGCCUUCCCUCUACUUCUAGUCCUCAAUGGACUCAUAUCUAUCCAGUGCGAAAUGAAGCAUGUAGACCAAAUGGCGUCGGGACUGAUGCAUCAGACCGGCUAUUUGGACACGUCAAAAUGGCGGGAACAACUCAUUGCCGCGUACGACGCGUGGAAAGUCGACUUCGACACCUACUGCCUGAAGAUGGUGUCCUUUGACGAAAGCCACUCGAGGCGAGCCCAUUUCGCGCGCUUCCGAACCGCGGCCAACGCCGUUUAUCACACCGCCCAUAUCACUCUGAACGUCGACAUUGUAGACCUCCAGAUCUACGCGGGGGCCCGGCGCUCCAUGGGUCGCCGGGUCACACGCGCGGAUUACAUCAGAGCCCAAGGCAACGUCAAAGAAUGGGCCCAGGCUCGCGGGUCGUCCCCGGCGGUGAAAGCGGUCUGGCACGCCGCGCACUUGCUCCGCGACAGCGUCUUCAACCUGGAAACCUUCGACGUCCAACACACCUUCUUCUAUCCGUUCCGGCUCUACAUCUCGACCCUCAUCUGCUGGGCGUUCCACUCCCUGACCGUGGUGGACGUCACGACGGCCCCCCGCCAGCAACUCGCCGGCGAAAGACAGGACAGGUCCCCCGCGACGUCCGCCGCGGCGAGGACGAAUUCGGACGGUUCCACGCGGUGGCAGGCCGAGACGGAGAUGAAGGUCCUGGUCAGCAGCAUGACGAGCGUGAUGCCCGAGCGUCUCUCGCGCCUGCUCGGCAAGUACUCGACGUCCGGGCUGACCACCGUCAUGGCCGAACGGCUGAGCCGGAUCCGGUGGAUCGUGAUCCAAGAAGGGAUCAAGCUGCUCAAGGACCUCGUGCCGGAACGCAUGGCCGACGAGUACGAAGGGGUCGCCGAUGAAUAA